CACCAAUCAGAACACACCACCGCAGUGCGCGUCAUCGCGUGCAGAGGCCAUUCCGGAAGUGGCUAAUGAAUGAUUAGCUCGAGUCGUUAUUUUGUGCACUUUGCCAAUCUCCGGUUACUGCAAAGCAGAAACACCAUAUUAUCUGUCUCCGACCUCCUUCAUACUCUGUUCCUCAUGAGCUGCACACAUCUACUGCUGGUCCUGAGCCUGGCUGUGGGCUCAGCCGUGACCGUGGAGGUCCAGAGGCCUCGGGGAGUUCCCCUGUCCAAACGACAUUUCUAUGAUGAGAACAGCCCGUUCACUUGCCUGGACGGCUCCCGCACCAUUCCUUUUGACCGAGUGAAUGACGACUACUGCGACUGCAAAGACGGCUCCGAUGAACCAGGCACUGCUGCUUGUCCCAACGGGAGCUUCCACUGCACGAACGCCGGCUACCGACCCACUUACAUCCCGUCCUCCCGCAUUAACGACGGCAUAUGUGACUGCUGUGACACCACCGAUGAGUACAACAGUGGGGCCAAAUGUGAAAACACCUGCAAGGAGAUGGGCCGAAAGGAGAAGGAGGUUUUGCAGAAGAUGGCAGAGGUCACCAAAGAAGGUUUCCUCCUCAAACAGCAGCUCAUUCAGGAAGCUAAGAAAACCCAACAAGAAAAACAGAACAAGCUGAAUGACCUGCAGAACAGUAAGAAGGAGUUGGAGGAGAAAGUGGAGGACAUGAGGACCAUUAAAGAGACAGCAGAACAGCCAGAGAAGGAAGCCAAAGAGCGCCAUCUUAAGGCUUGGGAGGAACAAAAAGCAGUGAUCAGUGCAGAGAAGGACAAAGCCAAGAUGGCAGAAGCUUUUCUUGAGCUGGAUGAUGAUGUGGAUGGAUUUGUUUCGGUUGCCGAGCUGCAGAUGCACACGGAGCUAGAUUCCGAUGCGGAUGGCACUUUUUCUGACACGGAGGCCCAGGGGUUGCUAGGAGGAGUCGACCAGGUAGACACAGCAGCUUUUGAAAGCAUUUGGAACAACAUUAAGGACAAGUAUGUCUCCGAGUCUCAGCCUAAGGAGCCAGCUCCAGCAGAAACUCCGGCAGAAGAAAGUAAGGAACCAGUCGUGGACAACGACUCCGAGACAUACCCCGAUGACGACGACGACGACGUUCCAGAAGAAGAGGAAGAGGACGUUGAUGAGGAAGAUGAUUAUCCAGAGGAAGACCUUGAUAAGGUAAGGAAGGCUCCUUCCAGCAUCAAGACUCCAGAGAAGAUAGAGGAAGAAGACACUAUGCCGUCUUAUGAUGCUGAAACUCAAGCUUUAAUUGAUGCCGCUCAGAAAACCAGAGAUGACUUUGAAGAAGCGGAGAGAGCUCUGCGUGAAGUGGAAGAUCAGAUCAGGAACAUCGAGAAGGAGCUUACCUUUGAUUUUGGGCCCAGUGUGGAGUUUGCUUACCUGUACAGUCAGUGCUAUGAGCUCACCACUAGCGAAUAUAUCUACAGACUCUGUCCGUUUAAUCGCGUUUCCCAGAAACCCAAGUACGGAGGCUCAGAGACCAAUCUUGGGACUUGGGGAACCUGGGCAGGGUCUGAGGACAAUAAGUACCUUGUGAUGAAGUAUGAGCAUGGCACAGGGUGCUGGCAGGGCCCUAACAGGUCCACCACAGUAAAGAUGACCUGUGGGAAAGAGACAAUGGUCACAUCCACCUCGGAGCCCAGUCGCUGUGAAUACCUGAUGGAGUUCACCACGCCAGCUGUGUGCGCCGAGCCGUCCACCAUCGACCCUUCCCUGCACGGGCACGACGAGUUCUAGUGCCUCGUGUCUUUCCAGCAUGUUCCAGGUCACAGCGUAGGGGUCGUGUCUGUUCCACGGUCAGAGGCUCAGCGCUGAAUGGCUUAUCUCUGCUCCACUCAACAUUUUGGUGAAAAAUAGUUCAAAUUAAGGUGUUUGUUUUUUUUGUUUGUGUUUUUUUAAACUGAAAUUGGAUUCUGCUCACAUUCCAUCACAAAUAAAGUCACGUUUUAAAUUCA